AUGGCAGGCGUGGUUCUCCUCGGCGCAGCAGUCACUCUCACCUUGAUCUCCCGGCAUAAGGACAGCAGAGAAGAGAAGAAAGAAAACGCCCGGGCCAUGUCGUCCAAGCUCAUCCCACCAAACCCGGAUGAGGUGAUGGUGAUCCGCGACAUUACACCCAACGUCGUCACCUUUUCAGUGCCCUUCCUCCGCUUCGGCAGGUUCCCCAUCGGCGGCCGCGGCACACUUGUCCGGCUCCGCUCCGGCGCGCUGGCCGUCUUCUCCCCCGUCGCGCUCACCGAAGCCACCAAGGCCAAGGUGGCCUCGCUCGGCGGCGACGUGCGCUACCUCGUCGCCACCGACAUCGAGCAUCACAUUUUCCUGUCCGAAUGGGCGGCCGUCUACCCCAACGCUAAGCUCGUCGGGCCCGAGGGUCUGCCGGAGAAGCGGCGCAAGGCCGCCGGGAGCGAUCCCAAGGUCGGGGACGAGCCCUUCGCCGUCGCCUAUGUCCAUGCACAUCCCAACAAGGAGCUGGUGUUCCUUUACAAGCCGGAUAAGGUGCUCAUCCAGGCGGAUCUGAUGUUCAACCUGCCCGCGGUCGAGCAGUACUCGCGCGUGCCGGACGCCGAGAAGCCCAGGCUGGGCAUGCUGGGGAAGAUGUUCGGCGGCAUGCAGUCGACGGAGGGCGAGGCGCUGGGCAUGAAGAGGUUUCUGUGGUACGCCAUUAGCAGGAAGGAUCGGACCGGCUUCAACGAGAGCGUGAGACGGAUUGCGGGCUGGGAUUUUGAGACGAUCGUGCCUUGUCAUGGAGAGACCAUUGUGGGAAACGGAAAGGAGCUGUUCGAGAAAGUGUUUGCGUGGCAUCUGGAAGGGAAGGGAGCAAGGGCUUAG